AAUAGAUAUGACUUUGUCAAAAAAGGAUGAAGAUUCGGGCGAUUUAGGGGUCUUUUACCAUCUUGAUAAAACCACGGUACUUCAGGAGGCUCGCGUUUUUAACGAUACCCCUAUUGUUCCAAGAAAAUGCCGUCUCCUACUUACCAAGAUCAUUUAUCUAUUAUAUCUUGGCGAGCCGAUGGCAACUACGGAAGCAACCGAAUUAUUCUUUAGCGUAACCAAGCUUUUCCAAUCUAAAGACAUGGUAUAUCUGGUAAUCAAAGAACUUUCAACAAUCGCUGAAGAUGUCAUUAUGGUUACUAGCAGUUUGAUGAAAGAUAUGCAACCAAAAUCCGAAGUAAUUUAUCGGGCAAAUGCAAUCAGGGCCUUAUGUAAAAUCACCGAUGCUUCAAUGCUUCCAAGUGUUGAACGAUUUCUGAAAGCCGCCAUUGUAGACAAAACGCCGUCUAUUUCCUCUGCUGCAUUAGUGUCUAGCUAUCAUUUGUUUCCUGCUGGAAAGGAUGUAAUCAAGAGAUGGGCCAAUGAAGUUAACGAAGCUAUUAAUUCUAAGCCCUCUUCGUUGGUCGGUACAGCAUCUUCGUACUUGACAUCUUUUUCAUCAGGCGGCUCUUCAUAUAACUCCCCUCCAUCCACAAGCAACAUUAGUCAAUAUCAUGCUUUAGGGCUCUUAUAUUUGAUUCGUCAACAUGACCGUAUGGCUGUAACAAAGUUGAUCCAACAAUUGUCUGGUGGUAGUAGAAGUGGUUUUAGUACGUCCAGUGGCGUUCUACGCAACUCCUUUGCGUAUUGCUUAUUGAUUCGAUAUGCUGCAAAGAUUUUAGAUGAGGAUCCCAAUUCAAGACAACAAAUGUAUGAUCUUUUGGAAGGUUGGUUGAGACACAAGAAUGAUAUUGUUAAUUUCGAAGCAGCAAAAGCAAUAUGCAAUAUUAAAGAUGUUACGGCCAAAGAAUUAUAUCCGGCUGUUAAUGUACUUCAAUUAUUCCUUUCGUCACCGAAAUUCACGCUUCGUUUUGCGGCCAUUCGCACACUCAAUAAAUUGGCUAUGAACCAUCCUGCUGCCGUUCAACCUUGUAACUUGGAUAUGGAAAAUUUAAUAUCUGAUCAAAAUAGGAGUGUAGCCACUUUCGCUAUAACUACAUUAUUAAAAACAGGGAAUGAAGCAAGUGUCGACCGCUUAAUGAAACAGAUUACAGGAUUCAUGUCAGAAAUUUCGGAUGAGUUCAAAGUUAUUGUGGUCGACGCAAUACGAUCGCUGUGCCUUAAGUUCCCUUCAAAACAAGUUGUUAUGCUCAGCUUUUUGAGUGGUGUAUUAAGAGAUGAGGGUGGAUAUGAGUUCAAAAGGGCGGUGGUUAAUGCAAUUUUUGAUUUAGUCAAAUUCAUCCCCGAAUCCAAGGAAGUUGCUUUGGCACAUCUAUGUGAAUUUAUUGAAGACUGUGAAUUCACCAAACUUUCUGUGCGUGUCUUACACCUUCUUGGAAUUGAGGGUCCGAAGACUGCUACACCCACAAAAUACAUUCGAUAUAUUUACAAUCGUGUUAUAUUAGAGAAUUCUAUUGUAAGGGCUGCGGCAGUGAGUGCGCUUGCAAAAUUUGGAGUUAGCGUGGAUGAUCCAGAAGUUAAAAAAAGUAUUAAGGUUUUACUCACAAGAUGCUUGGAUGACAAUGAUGAUGAAGUUCGAGAUAGAGCCACGUUAUACUUAAAACUUUUGGACGAUGAAGAAAACGCGGAAAAAUAUGUCAAAGAUGAUUCAACUUACUCUCUUGCUGCCCUUGAAAAACAACUUGUUCAAUAUGUGAGUGACCCUGAAGCAUCCGAGAAGCCGUUUGAUCUAUCUGCCGUUCCGAAGAUCACAAAAGCUCAGGCAGAAGCAGAAGAUUUGCGAUCUCGAAGUUAUGAUGUUGUAGCCACUCAGACAAUUGGUGUUUCUUCACCGGCAGUAAUUGGCGUCAAUGCUACUGCCGCCGUUUCAACUAGCAUGGAUGUUACUCCUACUCCUGGAAUCGAUCAACAACAGAUCUAUGCUCAGCAAUUAGAGAAAAUUCCCGAAAUUUCAGCGUUUGGAACUUUGUUCAAAAGUAGUAUUAAACCGGUUGAGCUUACGGAGAGCGAAACUGAAUAUGUUGUUAGUUGUAUUAAACAUAUGUUUAACGAGCACAUAGUAUUUCAGUUCAAUAUUACCAAUACGUUGAAUGAUCAAGUGUUAGAGAAUGUAACAGUCUUAAUGCAAUCAGAGGCAGAUGACAGUAGUUUAGUUGAGGAGUUUGUCAUUCCGGCCCCAAAGUUACUGUAUGAUCAGGCUGGUUCCGUAUAUGUCGCUUUCAGAAAGGCAAACCCAGAAGAACAUACAUUCUGUAGUUUUUCAAAUACAUUGAAGUUCGUAGUAAAGGACUGUGAUCCAUCGACCGGUGAACCUGGUGACGAGGGAUAUGAAGAUGAAUAUUUGGUUGAAGACAUUGAGAUAGUCACUGGUGAUUACAUUCUUCCCACUUAUCUAAGCGAUUUUAAAAAUGCCUGGGAAAAACUUGAUGAGAGUGGGCAAGUCGUGGAAGUGUUUGCUUUAACUGCGGCCAAGGGUUUAAAAGCAACUUGUACAACAUUGAUUGAACUCCUUGGAAUGUGUGCUGUUGAAAAUACAGAAACACCUCAAUCCUCAAACGUGCAUACUUUAUUGCUUUCUGGCACAUUCUUGGGUGGGCAUAAGGUUUUAGCCAAAAAUCGUAUGAGUUAUGCCUCUAGUACGGGUGUUACGAUGGAACUUUCGGUUCGAUCUCCAAGCGAAGAAAUAAGCCGUCUUGUGGUUGGUGCUGUUGUAUAA